CUGGGAGAGACGAUAUGUGAUAUGGAGGACAGCUGUUGUCUUGACCGGAGGAAAAUAUGGAUAAAAUGGUGGCUGGAUCCUUGAAGGCGAAGAACUGUGUGAUUUUACAGUGCAAGAUAUGUCACACUGUGUUGGGAGAUUCUCUGCAGUUCUGUGGUAACAGUUCAACUCUCAAUCUGCUGAUGUGUUUGAGGGUGACUGAGAAUGUGGAACUGGAUCCCACCACCUUAAUAGGGUGUGAAGGGCCAUUAUCUGAAUGCCUUUACAAGUCCCUGUACUGCAGCUUCUGCAGAGCCAAUGUGGGUAUUGUUCCUUUGUCUACAACAGAAUUGUUAUCUCACCUCCGUGGACUAUACUGUUUGGACAAGAGUGCCUUGCACUGCUACAAGUUGCAGAGCAAUUCUGAGGUGGAAGCUGCAGCCGUGAACCUCCAACCGCAGAGCUUAACCCAACACAUAGGAGAGUUGAAAAGGCAGCUUGUGGUGGCUCACUGUCGACUAAUGGCAGCAGUGAAGAAGUUGGAUGAAUUAGCUGGAGAAGAGAGUGGGCUAGGGAUCAGCAUACUUGACUUGGAACAUGGACGUGAACCGGAAGUGUACUACCUUGGCUGCGAGGUUUAGGGUUCAAUUUCACUUUGGGCCUUUGGAAGUGCAGCCACAGUUAACCACACUCUCAACUGACACACUUGGCUGCCUUGGAAAAUAAACUUCACUUACUUCAAAGGAAUUCUGAAAUUUUUAGGUCCGAUGAUUGAACUGGUGGAAGUCACUGUUUUGGAAUUGCUCAUGUGCACCUUCAGACAUGCUCACGUAUGAAGAAUUGGUUUGUUUAACCUGCUAUCUGACAUUCAGAAUUCUAAUACACCUACACAGUUCAACACGUGAUCAAAUUGCGUCCAUAUGCGUGUAACUUGCUAUCAGGUCACAGAAUUGUACAACAGCUGGUUAAAUUAAGUUGACAUAAGCCAGUAACUUGCUAUCUAGGACUCCAGUUCACCUUUAUACUGUAAUCCCAUGCCACAUAGAGCCCACGUUAGUCAAUGUAACCUGCUAUCUGGUAUUCAAAAAUGUUCCUGGUCAACUUCAACGUCCACAUCAUGUUCAAUACACAAUCUAAAAUGUAAGUUAGCCAGCUGCUUCACCACUACUUACUAAUUUACAGUGGUCUCAAACUACAGGUAUAUCAAUUGUUGCUUGUAGUGAUCAGUCACUUCCCGUGAUCAAAACAUACUGUCCAAUCUUGCAAUCCAUCUGGUAGAAUUAUAAUAAUCAUCUAUAACAUUCAGGCAGUUUCACUGAUUAAAGCUGAUUUCCUAUCUUUGAAAGACAGUUGCCUGAGUUAUUAACCAGCAUAGGCACUAUUGGAUUGUUAAAUAACCAGUUAACUGGCUAGCUUAAUGCAACUGGCUUGGGGCCAACACAGCUAAGCUCUCUUUCUUGUUUCUCACCAGCACUUCAAAAAACUAGGCAGUGAUUUACUCUGCAAUGACACUUAUUUUCCAGCAUUAAUCUUCCAUACCACUGUUUGAAGAUUGAUCAAUGUUGCACUGUAAAAAGCAUGUGCAUAAUAGGCUUUGCUCCCUUCUGAUAAAAUCAUUAAUUACUUGGUUAUCACUUGGAGUGGACUGCCUGAAUCUAUCACCAAAUUGGAUUCCAUUGUACCUCUUCACAAUCCAAGUGUAAUCUUGAAUUCUGUGUAACCUUGUCCAACUUAGUGUACCAGAUGUUUUAAGGAUCCUUUUCUGGUCAAAAUUACUGUAUAUUAUACUGUAACAAGUCAUGCAAUAAAUAGGAUGGGGCAGGUUCA